AUGACCUCUUUCCACUCUUCCAAUGACUUCCUGGGCUUCUUUAGAGCUGUGUGUGUUCACACGAUCAUUUUGGCCGUCCAAUUUUUCUCCAAUUGUAAAAAUGUUCUCAUCGCUAAACAAAAUCAAAAAAAUACCAGUGGUGUAACGGCCAAGGAGCACUUAGCACCUAUCCACUCUAAUUUUGUUAGGGAAGUGGUUAGCCUUUGUCCUGUCGUUCUUCGAAAUGCAGCCAUCCUAAGAAUAAUGGAUGCAGCUGAACCAACAUUAAUUUGCCCUUACAACAAGUCGCAUUCUAUCAUCUCAAGUCGUAUGCAAUUUCACCUGACUAAAUGCAGGGCACAACAUCCUGCAAGCGAGAAGGCUGUAUGUCCAUUCAAUUCGACGCAUAUUGUCCCCAAGGUGGAGUUAGAUUACCACAUAGCGGCUUGUUGUGACAGGAUCGUCUUGGAUUCAUUCACAUGUAAGGUCGGAUCUUCUAAUGCCCCCAAACUAGAACUAACAAAAGCUAAACCCCUUUUAAUAAAAAGUGACGAAAAUUGGGAAGUCAGUUAUCACAAAACCACUUGUGAAAAUCGCCUCCCACUUGAAAAAUUUAUUUACGAAAUUGGAUCGUCUCAAGGAUCAGAAGUAGCAAUUGAACCCGAACCUAUUCCGAUAGAGGGCGAGGAGAGCUGGGGUACGUCAUAUCACAAAACCACUUGUCCAAAUCGCCUUCCACUUGAAAAAUUUAUUUACGAAAUUGGAUCGUCUCAAGGAUCAGAAGUAGCAAUUGAACCCGAACCUAUUCCGAUAGAGGGCGAGGAGAGCUGGGGUACGUCAGAUGAGCCUCCAGUCUCAGUCUUAGAACAAGUUCACGAAACGUCUAGGCAGAAACCAACAUUGCAUGCACUUAUCGGGGCUCCCAAAAGUGAGAGAAAGGCGUUUCGUAACCAGGAAAGACUGAGAAUCCAAAGGGUUCUUGAUCAGCAGGGGGAACAAAGGGGGGGGGCCUCUAAGAAGGUAGAAUCACAAAGAAGAAUGGAAAGCGAAACAACUGCCAAUGAAGUAACACCACCCAGUCACAACCGCAAUAGAACAGUAAAUACCAGCCAGGCUAACAUCCAGACAAACACUGAUUAUACGAAUGUUGCUGGGACAUCGCGGGGCCGGACUGUAAACCCGAGAAACCCUUGGGGAACCAGACCUGCUGAAAACAUUGUCGCGUCUCAUAAUUUCCCCCAAUUAAUCCCUGAUAACAACGCAGGUCCGAGACCUGGGACCUCCAGGGAUGAUGAAAGAAAUGUUCCCGCAGCUAGUUCUUCACGCGUCAAUACCACAAGGCCUACCACAAAUCCCGUUCAAGAACGAGACCCGACUAACCCUUGGAGGGUCCCAAGGCCACCUGUGACCAGUACCAGUACCAAUAACCCCAGUACCAGUACCAGUACUAACACCAGUACUACCGACGCAGGGGAGUUCCCCAGCCUGCCGGUAGCCAGUAGAGGGAGAGGGCGUGGCAGGUUUAAGCCUAAAAACAAGUAAAUUAACAGCGUUGGCCCUCCUCUUAAUAACUGCAACAAUUAAAAAUUUUAUUUUUUUACUUUUUUUUUUUUUUGUAUUUUCAUAUUUACCCUGAUUUUUUAAUAGGAGUGUACUCAGUGAUAGUUAUUUUUAAAUUUUAUUUAUAUAUUUUUUCCUUCCACUUUAACAGUUUAGUUUGUGUCAGCUAAAGUUUUCAUCUUGCUCCGUUGAUCUAAGUUGUUGUGGUUUUUAGAGGUUCAAUUUUCUCUUCCCUCCUGGUUAUCGGCAUCAAUCGUUAGUAUUGGUGUUAUUCGAUAGUAAAGUUUUUCCAUCUUCAUUAAUUAGAUUUUAUCAUCUCCCAGUCUCAUUUCAAUCAUUUGACUUAAUAUUUUUAGCAAUAUAAAAUUUUUAACUGCAAUAACUUAACGUCAAUCAUAUAUUUUAAUCUUGUUGUUGUGAAAAUUAAUGUUUUAAUCAUGUUAUUUUUAAUAGGAUCGUUAAAUCCAUGAUUUUUCUAUGUUUAAACUAAUUGUGAUAUAUUAGGACUAAUCUUGUUAAAGUGGAAUUUUUAUAAUAAAUUAAAUACUUUUUUACCUUCGUAAACAUGUAAUAUCACAGUCAAAUCUGAAUUGAUAUUAGGAGGUGAAAAAUAAUAGUAUUUUUUAUUGGCUGUUGCUUCAUUUGUAUGUGGGAAAGUCGUGUAAAAACUGGAUUAGGUGAAAAUCUAUUGUAAAAUUUAGAUUGCGCUCAUUUUAAAUUUGUGUGUAUUUGUCUUUUUAAAUUAAAAAUUUAAUUAUUAAAUUGUUAAAGCCUUUUAUGGUAACGUUCUAAUCGAGUUUUUCACGACCACCACAAGUUAGGGUUUGUUUACAUUUUAUGUAAUGUAGUGGUUUUUAUCUUAUUGUAACUUGAUAUUGAAUAAAAUUAAAUUUUUGAAUGCAUGUGUUGUUUCUUGUGUUUUUAAGGAUCUUUUAAGUGCAAUCAUGAAAAACAGGAAUUAGAAUUAACUAGUGUUAGGAAAAUAAUUUAAAUGUUCAAUAAUGUUUCAUUAAUUAUUUAAAAUUUAGUCUUAGCUUAAACUAACUAAUUGUUCACAAAUAUCAUAUUUUUUUGGUUUUGUUCUGUUUCAUAUCCUUUCUUCCUUGGUUUUUUUUUUUUUUUUGUUCUCUUUAAUGUUCUUUCAUUAAUACAUUAGUAUUAAUAUUAAUAUAUUAGUAUUAAUAUUAAUAUAUUCUUACUAAUGUAUUUAUGAAUACAUUAGUAUUCUUGGUUUUUUUUUGUUAUCAUUCAUAUUGUUUCUGGGUUUUUUUAUUCUCCUUGAUAUAUGUAUUGUACCGCAUAAAAAAAAAAAAAAAAAAAAGUUUAGGCUAUUUCUUCUAUCCCUUCGUUUGCAGAAAAAUAAAUGUUUGAUUACAUUUAUACAUUUUAAAUUUGAAUUAUUAUAUAAGUAAAAUCAUUUUUAUAUUGUAGUUAAUUAAGUUUUUCAUGAUUGUCACUAAUUUAUUGUUAGCUUUUAAGUAUUGUGGUUCUUGAAACUAUUUUGAAUUCUACAUUGUGUUAGGACAAAAAAAUUUGCAAUCGUAUAAAACUGUACUUUAACUCAAGAAAUUUUAAUUGUUUGCUGUGUAAACUCUCAUUUUUUUACCGUUGUUCUAAUUUAGUUAUUCACGGCCGUCAAACAUUUAAUUAUUCAUAUUUCAUUACAUUUUAUACAAUUUAACUUUUGUAGUUUUACAUUGACUGUAAGCUGAUAUCAAGAUGAAAAAAGACAACCGUGUAUAAGUGAAUUAGGAACGGUUUUUUAAAAUUUUAAUUGUUUAACUUAACUUUAAAUUAUAGCCUCUGUAAAGUAAAUUUUAUAUUGUCCUAUUUCUGUCUUUCACAAGAAACACAAAUUUAGCGUUAGCGAUUGAUGCAAAAUUAAGUAUAUAGUAUUUAGGUUUGCAUAUGUAGUGUGUAGGUUCUGCAGAACAAAGAAAAAUUUCCAAUGGUAUAUGUGAUUAUUUCACUUCAAAAAGAAACUAUAAUACAUUAGUAUAAAACUUUAUUAAUCAGAAUCUACCUUAAACUCUCGAUUUGAAUUCUAUUUAAACCUAUUUACUAUUUUUUUUUUUUUUUUUUCCCCUGCCACCACAGAUUUAGUUCUUCCAGUUAGUUCUGUUUACUGUAUUAUUAUUAUUAUUAUUAUUACAAAUAUCUCAAAUUGGGUUCUAGCAAUUUCUCCUGUUAACCAUUAAUGUUAUGUCAAUUUUAGUUCUAUGUAAACUCAUCUUUUUUUUUUUAUUUUUGCCGGUUACCUCAAAUAUAAUUAUUUCUAGUAAUUUGUCCCAUUCACCUUUAACUUUACAUUUUACAAAAUGUAACCCCCUCCCCCUGUAUUCUUAUGCACAUGUAAUAUACACCAAUUCUGCAGAACAAUUAAAUUAAGUAUUUUUUACUUAGAUUGUAGUUAAAAGGCUGUCGUGUAAAACUGAAUUAGUUAAAAUAUAUUUAAAAAUGUUGACUAUUUUAAAUUUGAACUUUUCCCUUUUGAAUUGGGAUUAUUAAUUAUUAACUCUUUAAAGGAAUUAUUUAUAUUUUAUUAAUUCCGUUUUUCACAAUAACAGCAAAUUAGUCCUAGUUUUCUUACUAUGUAGUAUGUAAGUUCUGCAGAAGAAUAAAUUUCUGAAUUUCAAUUUGAAAAGAAACUGUAAUGCUGUCAAAUAGAAUUGUAUCUAUUUUAAACUGUCAAUUUUAAUUCUAUGUAACUCAUUUUUUUUUUAUUCCACUAAUUGUAUUUUUCCUCAAUUUUAGUUCUUGAAAUUUGUUCAGAUGGCCGUUAAUAUUAGAUUACAUUCUACAAAAUGUAACACUUGUUUUCUCAUCCAUUUUGUAAUCUAAUUGCAGAAAAAUAAAUAAUUAAUAAUAUUUCCGGUUUGCUUUACCACAAACUUUCAUACAAUGUUCCUUUCCAGUAAUAAUAAUAAUGAUUCCAAUUUACUGAAGUCGUAGAAAAUUCUUCAAGUGGCACUCCGUUAAGUUUAUGAAAUAUACUUCUCAUGGAUUUUAUAAGUAGAAGCUCCCCAAAAUAUGGUUUCCGGAAAUCUAAGUAUUUAAUGAAAACAAUACAUGAAAUUAAAUCAUAGUAAAUUGUCCCCAGAUUAUUUAAAAGCAUUAUACUACAAGUUAUAAGAAUGUUUUUUUACUAUUAGAAUUUGUAAUAUUUAGCAAUCAGAUAUUAAAACAGAUACCCUUUUUACACACAUGAAACCACUGAAUGAAUGUACCAUGAUCCCUAAAUGGCUGAAAACCGACGUGUUUGUUACCCAAUGUACUAAGAUUAGAGAAAAUAUUACUAUCUUUACCCUACAAUUACUAUUACUAACUUAGGUUUAUAUAUUUAAAUGUAUUUAACAGUUUUUUAUGUCUAUGUCUUAUGUGUUUUGUGAGAGUUUAUAGAUACAUAAGCUCUCUUUAUUAAAACAGCUGACUGAAUUACUAAUGCUAAUGUAUAUUUUAUCUAUAAGAUACAUCUUUAAAGUUUUCUAUGCAUUAGGGCUUUUAUUAGCAAUACUUUAAUAUAAUUAUAUAUAUCAAGUGAAAUGACAAUUUAAAAAACAGUGUGAAUGGAAAUAUUUUGUUGAUAUAAGUAUAUGUAUAUUUUGUAUUGUUCUAUGUUUUUAUUAUUUUAGUUUGUUUUGUCUCUGUGUAUUGGAGUAUGUGUGUAUAUAAAACCUCUCUGCGUCCAAGCUUUUAUUAAAAAAAGUUAUUCACUAUGUGAAAGUUGGUGAAAACAACAACAUAACAGAGUGAAUGCGAAUAUUUUAUUAAUGUAAAUAAAAGUAUAUUUUUUCAUUGUUUCAUGUGUCUAAAAAAACAAAACAUUUAAGACAGUUUGUCUUGUGUAGAUAUGUUUAUACGUAUAGAUAUAACUUGUAAGUACAUGUAUUUUUUUUUUCUGUAUCAGGUUAAGACAGAAUUGUGUUUAUUUUGAGUUUAAUUAUGUUAAACCAGGCUUCUAACCAUUUAUCUUGCUUAUUCCAUACUCUUUU